UUCUUCCCCCAUCGUGGUGCCCUCUAGAUGGACGGCACCCUUAGCAUUUGCCUAUACUGCCUAUGCAACGGGCUGGCACUGACACUAGUAAUAUCCAAACCCACAGUUCUGGCCUGUACACCUAUAUUACUCAAGAUUAAAAAUAGAUAGAAGCAGAUAGAUAACUACUAAAGUUUUUCUUAAAUCCUGAUUUUAAAACUAAAAUCAAAACAAUAGCUCAACUGUUGCCUGUCCUACAUCAGUAGACAGGUUUUUGGCUGUGUCAUUCAUCCUCCUAUAUCAGUGUUGUGAGGGGAAUUAUCAGCUCUAACAAAGCGAAAGAAAAAGUAAUUUAUUGCAUCCAGCUAAACUACCUGCCCUCUUCUAACAUAAAGGUUACCUCCCUGAUAAACUCCCUGAGCUGACUGCAUGAAACAUUGGUCUUUCACCUCCGUCCUCUGUCGUCAAAGUCCGACUAUCUAACCAAAGCCAAGGGUGAGAAUCACAGAGUACAGUUAGUCAUGAUGUGAUACCAUCAAAAACAAUAUAAUAAAAAUAAUAAAAAUGGCGUCACCAUACAAGCAAACAAUUCAGUUAUGUGAUACAUUAUUAUACAAUGCAUCAUAACAUCAGUCACAAAUACCUAUUUAUACCUAAAAUCAGUGGUGGAAUGUAAUUAAGUAUAUUUACUAAAGUACAAUUUUGAGGAACUUGUAUUUUAAUUGAGUAUUUUCAUUUUUAUGCUACUUUAUACUUCACUGCAAGUUACUUUUCAGAUCAAGUAUCAGUAUAUAAAAGACAAUGCUGUGUUUAUAGGUUUAGCUACCCAAAAUUAUAUAAAGCAUUUGAAAUUAGCUUCACCUCAAGUAAAGCUGUAACAUUACAGUACCGUUUACAUGUUAAUGCAUCAAGAAUAAUGGUGCAGUAGCAUAAUGAUAACACUUUUAUACUUUUACUUCAGUGAAAUUUUGAAUGCAGGACUAUUACUUGUAAUUGAGUAUUUCUAAUGUGGUAUCACUACUUUUUAAUUAAGUCAGUGAUUUGAAUACUUUCUUCCACCACUGCCUAAAAUGCUAACAAAAAAAUACAACUUUUCAAGGUCAUAACAGUCACAAACGGACAAAAUGCUGAAUCACCGCAAAGCAUAACAGUUCAAGAGUUCAACUGACCGUAGCAAUUAAAGAUAAGAUAAGGUAGAACUUUAUUGUUGUGCAGCAGUUGAAGCACAAAGUAUGAGAGAGUGCAAAUCAAAAUGUACACAAUGCCAAAAAUGUAAACGGGUUAACUGUAGUGACCAUAAAUAUCAACCGGUGAGGUGCAAAUCUAAAUAAACAAUGCAAACUUAAAACCUUUUUCAACCUGUGAACAUUAGGUAUAACAUAAAACGUACAUAUUGUGAAAUCUAUAAUCUAUUUGUUUAAUGAAAACAGUGUUCCAGCCUUGGGCGUGUGCAUUAAACUGCAUUAACUCUAUUGUAGAUUUCUUAAUGCAUAACACUGCCAACCUCAUUAAUUCAUUCCUUCUGCGUGGACUCAUUAUACCUCCGCACCUUCGGAUAAUUUCUCUCUGUCUCUUAUUCCUUUCUUCAGUCUCCUUCCUCUCUGUGAACUCAGUUUGCCCCCUCGCUUUUCCUCUUUUUUUCUCUGUCAUCAUUUUCAGUUCUUUAAUGCUUUGUUCGGAUUAGCCAUUAUCUGCUUCUCAAGGAUUCUCCCCCCCUCUUUCCUAUCUGUUAUUUUCUCUCCUUUCUGAUCUUUCCUUCCCUCAGCAGCCGUUCCUGCAUAAUCAGUGUUAUUCAUUCCUUAAUUCAUCUCAACAAACUGCUUUUUCACAUUCACCUCCUCUGUUCUCGUCUUCUCUCUUCAGAUCCUCGGUUGUUUCUUUUCUUUUCUUCGUUCUUUGCCUCAAUUUUUUUUCCAUUGUUAUAUUUUCCGACUCUUAUUCCUCUGCAACCUUCACAUCUUCCCUUCUUUCCUGUUUCUUGAUUACUUUUUUGUAUUUCUCUGCCUUUUCUUUUUUACUUUCUUUCUUCCCAAACUUCAUCCUUCCUUCCAGUGUUACACAGAUCUUCUCCUCAUCCUUGCUGCCAGGUGCUCUGACUUUACUCCUGAACUCUACACACCUCCUCCUAAUCCUCUUUAGUCAUGCAUCCCUCUCUUACCAAACCCCUCCCCUGUUGUCUUAUAAAGUAUUAUAGUUGUUAUGCAUAAAUCCUGUUGGUUUUCAUAGCUCCUCACCUGCAUGUUUCCAUAAACUGCAAAGUCAAGGUUAAUGGGAAUGCUCACAAAAAAAUUACAAGCAUAUUUUCUUACAAAUACAGAUAUAAACACAUUGAUGUAGCAUUUCCAUUGAAUAUAAAUGGGAAAUCGUUGCCUUUAUUUUUGUGCCCUUCCAACAAAUAUACAAAAACUACCAUCCUGUGCUUGGGUUGGGUCUUUUGGGUUAAUUAUUGUACAAAUGAGAAUCCUGUCAAUGCACAUGGUGGACAUACUGGGGUUAAUGUUUAUGAUAAGUAAGUACAACAAACCUCAUGUGUUAUUCAUAAGAUUCAACACUUGUAUGUUUCCUUUCCUUCCUACUUCCUGCCCAUCCGCUCAUCUUUCCAUCUCAGAGGCAAAAAGCCUUUCAAGUGAACACCCACAAAAACCAUCAACAACAACAACAACAACAGUAGUAAAGCACUUAACUGUGCAACGACCCAUCUAUGUUUUCACAAAUGUGACAAAUCCAAUGGAGCCACACUCUUUCCUGCCAACAAAUCAAAUCAGAGCUUUGCUGGUUCAUUCUGGGGCAGUUUGCUCAUGGAAAAGUCCUCCCGUGCUGUUUUGAUCCGCCUCUCACGACCUGGAACUUGCUCAAAAGUGUAAUAUUAUGUUCUUCCUGCUCAUCAGUAUUGUCUUAUGGAGCCACAGUCACUAAAGAAGUGUAGCAUCCUUUCUGUGCUUGUGAAAAUCCCUCCAUUUAAGUGCCCUCACCCCACUUGUACCUGUUCUCUGAGAUUGAAUUAUUACCGGGUAAUGGAAACCAUGCAGAGUGCUGUGGGACAUCCUUUUCCCACACAACAACCGUUUAAUCACAGACAAAAAACGGGCACCGUGCCACAUUAUACAUAUAUACAUCUAUCUGUGAGUGAGUGGAGACAGAAAGACCACGGAAAGAACGAGAGAAAGAGACUGUGAGGGAACAUAUAACCACAUACAGUACAACUACUGUAAAGUAAUGUAUGCUUUGGGUGAGACACGCUCAUGAAGUAAGCACAAAUCCAAGAGAGAAAUCCAUAUUUGCGGGAAACUUGCAUCAGCAUCAUAAUGGAUCUUAAUUGAAACAAUAAAAGGGUAAAAUGAUGAAGAGACUGGCCUUUAAUUGCUCCCUUUCUUCAAAUCCCUGGGCAAUCCUGAGCAAGUUGGUAUGAAGGCAUUACUUAAAUGAAAGAUUUAACAUCGAUCAUCAAACCUGACCGCUGCAGUGUGUGUGUGUGUGUGUGUGUGUGUGUGUGUGUGUGUGUGUGUGUGUGUGUGUGUGUGUGUGUGUGUGGUGGGGGGGUAGAGUAAGGGCUCAUUUCACACACAACCACAUACUUUCACGGGUUCUGACCAGAGGAAACAUCACCACCUCCCUCCCCACCACUGCUAGUGAUGUCGUCUCUUCUGAGGGAGGAGAUGCAGAGAGUUUUAUUCCGACCUGAAAAACAGAGACUGGUGGAGUUUAUUGAGAUUGAAGAGCCCGCACAAGGAAGACAUUUCCUCUGUGUCUCAGUUGCAAAAAACAAAGUGGUGCAGUUAAGUAUAGUGGGAUGUCAGGCAUCUCAGGCGUCUGGAUCCAAGAAGUCCCACACCAAACGCUCCAGCAUACAGGAGUGCUACAGGAGGAUGGAGACCUGGUCCCUGCAAGACCUGACUCUUGUUGAUGGACGAGACCCUGAUGUGGAUGACCCCUGUUUCCUGCUGCACUUUGAUAAGGUGCGUGCAGUGACAGCCACCAGCUGCUCAGCCAAAUACUCUAUAGUGCGUGCCCUGGUUGCUCUCAGCGACCAGCACUGUCAGAGGUCACUGAACCUGCGGAACUUUGACUGGGCCUACAUCAAGCCCACCUCCUUUUACUCCAAUAGAGGAGACUGUGUUGUUCUAUCGCAGAUAUGCUUCUAUGCAUUCAAUUUGGUUUGUCUGUCCAUGUGUCCUGUGCCUCUGGAUGCAUAAUGGAAUGACACAUUGAUUGUGAAGAGUGUGUGUAUAUCAGAAAACUGUUGCAGGUUUACUUUAUAUAACUUGCGUUGAGUCAGCGGCGUGUGGAGAAUGUUGGCUUGUGGCUUCUGUUACACUAAAAAUGAUUCACCAUGAAAUGUCUUUUGCUAAUCUUCAUGGCAAGCACAAGUUUAAAGCAGCUUGUUAUUUGUUAACCAUUUAAUCUACUUUCUGAUCUUUUAAUUAUGUAUUCUAUUCUGUAUGCUAUUGUUUAAAUGUGAAUUCGUGAAUUUCAAAUGGAGAACAAAUAAAACAACUACACAUUUA